UCAAUCAAUCAAUCAAUCAUACACUAAAAAUACAACCUACAAUAUACGAUCGGUAACUAACGAAUCUAAAUAGAGGCCCCUAAUAUUCUGAGGCCUUGUGCCGGAGGACUGGCCAGCACACCCUCUUGGCCGGCCCUGGGUUGAUUAUACUAGACAGAAUCAAAACAAGGGAGAGGCUACACGUUUGGGGUGUGAUUGAUGAUCCGACUUGUGUGAUGUGUGGUUCUGCUGUUGAGAAUCGAGACCAUUUGUUUUGCAGCUACAGUUAUGCCAAACAGUUCUUCACGACUGUCUUUGGCAGAGUGCAUGGUUGGCCGAAUCGGUGGGACAUCAGUUUGCAGCAGGCAUGUAAAGAUGUGAACAAGGGAGGAGCUUAUGGAGGAAUCUACGGAUCUCUGUGGAGCUGGACAAUGGCGCUAAUUUGGAAAGAAAGGUGCAGUCGAUCAUUUGGUGGUCCUGAGAAGCAGAUACAGGCGCUAGUAUCCUCGUUCAAGGAAGAUGUUGGGGGUAUUAUGAGCGAGGCCCAAUGGGCGGCAGUUUGGGCUUCCAAGCAACAUAAUUGGGGGGCAAGGCCCAAGCAAGGUGGGGGACGCAUGAAGACAAGACACUAGAAGCCAAAGGAGGUCAGACUGUCAAGGGAGGCCAGGCUGUCAAGUGGUCCAUCGUCUGUGGGCGCCUGUCACGUGGCAGAAGCCUGACAAGGCAGUUGGGAUAUCUGACCAAGAAAGUACAAGACAUUAA